AUGGACAAAUAUGAACAAGUUCGAGUUGUUGGUCGUGGCGCAUUUGGUGUUUGUUGGUUGUGUCGAUCUCGAAAUUCUAGUUUUAAUCGAAAAGUUAUUGUGAAAUUAAUCAAUAUUCAUGGAUUAUCAGAAGCUGAAGAGAAUUCUAUUUCUGGUGAGGGUUUUUUCUUCGGAAAAAAAUGUAUAGUUUUGAGAAAAAUACUUGAAAGAUAGAUAUGAAAUUGUAUCUAGAAAAUCCAAAAUUAUAGAUUUUCGCUCCAAAUUCUCUAUUCCGAAAAGUAUAUCCGAAUUCUUGAAAGUAAUAUUCAUUUUUUCACAUAAAAAUAUAUGAAAUUGUAUCAAGCAAGCCUAUAAUUUUUUGGCAUUUUCUGAGAAUUAUUUUCAUCUAAAAAAUUUCUGAAAUUAAUUAUAGGUUAUAGCUUCAAAGAGAGAUUACUGUAACCAUAUAUCUUAAAUUUUCAGGUGAAGUGAAAUUGCUGCAAAAAGUGCAACAUCCAUUGAUAAUUGGAUAUUUCGACUCAUUUCGUUUCGAAAAUCAAUUGGCAAUUGGUUUGUUUUUUCUGUGUUUUUUUAGUUACUCAUUCAUUCGAGGAAAAAAUGAAUUCACAUGGGAUUGAGAAGAAAAAAAAACAUUCAGAGAAGAGAAAAUGAAAAAUUAGUUUAUCUAGGAAGGAAGGGAAAAACGAGUUGUGUUUAUAGUAAAUUGUAAAAUAAUCCCUUGGAGGGUCAAGCACGAAAAAAUAUAUAUAUUUGGGAAACAAAUUGGGAAGGGUUUCGUUUUAUGAAGAUUUUUUUGUUCAAAAAAUCAGAGGAUUGCUCAUAUUACACCUGAUAUCUAGCUACAGUAUUUUGAAUUGUCAUACUCUUGUCUCGCUCGCGCAGAAGCUGCUCGGGGUACUGUAUCGUCCUUUAAGUGAGCUACAGUUUUCUCGAACGGUUCUGGCGCAAGUGUAAAUCGAAACUCCCCGCGGUCGCAGAACGAGUGUAUGUUUCUUUAGAAUACUGUAGCUAACGAGUACUGUGUGAUCCUUAAUACUACAGUAAUCCAAAGGAACAUACACUUAUUUUCCUCUUGCCGCUUUGACGAAAUUUUAAUAUUUUUCAAAAAUGAGCACAAAUCUUGAAAGAAAAAAAAUGACCAAAAUUUUGAGAGACGUUUUUUUUGAAAAUAAAAUUGAAAUUGGAUUUGAAAUUGAAAUCCAUGUCACGUUUUGAUUUAUUUCUUUUCAUACGGUUUUUUUUCAUUUUCAAUUAAUUUCAGUUGACAAUUUGUCAAGAAACAAAGAAAUUGAAAAUCCUAAAAUUUGAAUAUUUUUAAUUAGAAAAACAAAAAAAAAACAAUAUUUUACAAGUUACAAGAACUUGAGGGAACCCUGGUUUUUAAAUCCAUGAGAAAAUACGUUUCAGAAAUUUGAUUUAUAUUCAGAUUUUGAAAUACUCUUGAUCAUAUGUAUCUUUUGUUAAACAGAAAAUUAAAAUAUUAAAAUCUCAUUCAAUAAAAACAGCCAUGUUCAAAUUUUCCUGGGCUUUUUAAGUUUUUAAGAUCACAUUUGAAAUUUUAAAAAGUCUGCCCAAAAACCUUUCUAAUAUUAGCAAUCUUUCUGAAUUCAAAAACCCCUCUAUUUUAUAAAACUCCAUUUUUCUAGUAAUGCAAUACGCGGAAGGUGGAACAAUGGAAAGAAUGAUACAAGAACAAAGACCAGAAAAAUUUGCCGAAAAAACAGUUCUCGAAUAUUUCACACAAAUUCUAAUUGCUCUAAAUCAUAUGCAUUCAAAACAAAUUGUUCAUCGAGAUUUGAAACCGCAAAAUAUUUUGAUGAAUCGAAGGAAAACUAUUGUGAAAUUGUCGGAUUUUGGAAUUUCGAAAGAAUUGAGCACAAAAAGUGCAGCAUCGACUGUAAUUGGAACACCGAAUUAUUUGAGUCCAGAGAUUUGCGAAGGAAGAUCUUAUAAUCAAAAAACGGAUAUGUGGUCAUUAGGUUGUGUAUUUUAUGAAUUAUUGGAAUUGAAGCGAGCAUUUGAUGGCGAAAAUUUGCCAUCGAUUGUUAUGAAAAUCACAAAAGGAACAAUGAAUACAAUGGGAGAACAUGUUUCGCCGGAAGUUCAAGAACUUGUUCAUCGAUUACUUCAAAUGAAUGAGAAGGCUAGACCAGAUGUUACAGGUUGGCAUUUUUCAACUCCAAAAAUUUGAUUCUUCCCGACAUCUGCUUUCUAACAUUAAAAAAAUUGAAAAAAAAUAAUGAAGAAAAUUUGAAACAGUGAAAUAUUUUUUAAAAAUUUUUUUCUGAAAAAAUUCGAAAACAUGUUUCUAAUUUUUUCACUGUUUCAAAGUUUUCACAAAAUUUUCAAUUAUUUUUUUUUGAUGUUUCUUGUUUCCGUUAAAUGGUUAUAGAAAAUUCUGAAUUAAACUUGAAACAGAAAAUUAAUUUACUUUUGAAAAUUGUAAAAAUAUUCUACAAAUUAUUCACUGUUUCAAAGUUUUCAGAAAGUUUCAAAAGAUUUUCAAUUUUUAUUCCUGUCACUUUAUCAAAAAACACAUAUUCCACAUAUUUUCCAAUCCACACAUAUUUUUUUCCAGAUCUCCUCGUGAAUCCAACAAUUCUUCCAUAUCUAAUCUCAAUUCAUUGCGAUCUCAGUCGUCUCGAUGCUCCGCCAUCCGAUAAACGAAAACCAUCUUCAUCAUUGAGUAGUCGACUUCGAACAACUCCAAAUACUUUGACAAUGCGAUCUCUUGCACUAUCAUCAACUUCAUCACAAACAUCAACAAUCGAAAAAUCAUCAUUUAUUGUUCGACAAAACGAUACAUCGAAAAAGAUCAUCCCGCCGAUUACUAUCACAAAAUAUUAA